AUGAAGGUCACACUCGCCCUUGUCGCCUCGCUUCUCAGCACCGUUCUGGCAGCCCCAGCUCCUGUCGCCAGCCACGAGGGCCUCCAGGAGCGUGCCACCACCAUCACUGCCACCAUCCCUGCCGGCCAAGUGAUUGGAAUUGUUACGAGCCAGAAGACCGAGAACUUUGCUGGUAUCCCUUACGCCUACGCACCCACUGGCAGCCGUCGCCUCAAGCCUCCUGUUAGGUACACGGACACUCUCGUCAACUUUGAUGCUACGCAGGCGGCCCCCGCCUGCCCCCAGAUGGCCGCCAAUGCCGCCUCGAACGACUUCCUUUCCUCGGUCCUCACCACCCUCAUCAACACCCCUCUGGUGGCCGAUGACGUCCUGAAGAUCUCCGAGGACUGCCUGACCAUCGACGUCUCGCGUCCGGCUGGCACCAAGGCUGGCGACAACCUGCCCGUCCUCUUCUGGAUCUUCGGUGGUGGCUUUGAGCUUGGUUGGAGUGCCAUGUACGACGGCGCCAGCCUUGUCUCCAACGCUGUCACCAACGGCAAGCCAUUUGUCUUUGUGGCAGUCAACUACCGUGUUGGCGGCUUUGGCUUCAUGCCCGGAAAGGAGAUUCUCGCCGACGGCUCGGCAAACCUUGGCCACCUUGACCAGCGUAUGGGCCUGCAGUGGGUCGCCGACAACAUUGCGGCGUUUGGCGGUGACCCUACCAAGGUCACCAUCUGGGGCGAGUCGGCGGGCGCCAUCUCCGUGUACAACCAAAUGUCCAUGUACGACGGCGACAACACGUACAACGGCAAGGCGCUCUUCCGCGGUGCCAUCAUGAACUCUGGAUCGGUCAUCCCGGCCGACCCCGUCGACUGCCCCAAGGGCCAGGCUGUGUACGAUGCUGUCGUCGCCGCGGCCGGUUGCAGCGGCUCGUCGGACACUCUCAACUGCCUCCGUGCCCUCCCUUACGACACCUUCCUCAAGGCCGCCAACUCGCAGCCCGCCAUUCUGUCGUACAACUCGGUCGCGCUCACGUACAUUCCCCGUCCCGACGGCACGGCUCUCACUCAGAGCGCCGAGUUGCUUCUCGCCCAGAAGAAGUAUGCCGCCGUCCCCAUGAUCAUCGGUGACCAGGAGGACGAGGGCACUCUCUUCUCGCUGUUCCAGUCCAACACCACCUCCACCACCGCCAAGCUGGUCGACUACCUGAGCAAGAUCUUCUUCCACGACGCCACCACGGCUCAGAUCACUAGUCUGGUCAACACGUACCCCUCUAGCCUGCUCGACGGCUCGCCGUUCAACACUGGCCUUUUCAACGAAAUCUACCCGGGCUUCAAGCGUCUGGCUGCCAUCCUGGGCGACGCCACUUUCACCAUCACUCGCCGCAUCUUCCUCGAGGGCGCCACUACUCUCAACCCCUCCGUCCCCGCCUGGUCAUACCUUGCUAGCUAUGACUAUGGCACUCCCAUCCUCGGCACGUUCCACGGUUCGGACAUUCUCCAGGUCUUCUUCGGCAUCCUCCCCAACUAUGCCAGUAAGGGUAUCCAGAGCUACUACGUCAACUUUGUCUACAACCUCAACCCCAACGACUACAGCGGUGGUACCGGCACGGGCACCAAGGUCAAAGAGACUUGGCCCCAGUGGGACGCCACCAACAAGAAGCUCAUCCGCUUCUACGCGUCGUACUUUACAUUCAUCACCGACACGUUCCGCCAGGCGUCCGAGGCGGUCCUCAAGGCCAACAUUGGCAGCUUCCGCAUUUAA